CUUUCUAUCUUGCCCUUCCAUUUUCUUUGUUCCAAACUUCUCAUUGUUAUUUCUCCUUCCCAACUCUCUUCCUCUUUCGCACGAGAAAAAUGGAGAAGAUGAUACCUCUCAGAUCACUGUACCGCUCACUGUGGUGUAGAUCUUAUCACAUGGCCGCCGUCAAUCACCAAAUGCUCCGCCAUUACUACGCCGGUCGAUGCCUCCCCAAUUUUUCAUCCCCGCCCACCUCAGUUACUUCUCGCCACGCCCUCGUCUCUUCUGAUUGCAGGUCUCCUCUUUCAUUGGGUUUGGGAAGUACACGAUCUUAUAGUGAAGAUGUAACUCACUUGCCUGUCAUAACGGACCCUGAUCUACAUAGGGCUUUUAAGGAUUUGUUGGCUGCUAAUUGGGAUGACCUCCCUAAUAGUCUUGUCUAUGAAGUAAAGGCUGCGUUGUCCAAGAGUACCGAUGACAAUGCUGGAAAGGAGGCUUUAACAAAUGUUUUUCGUGCUGCUGAAGCAUCCGAGGAAUUUGGUGAGAUCAUCAUGAAUUUAAAGAUGGAGUUUGAUGACACUGUUGGAAUGAGUGGCGAGAAUAUAAAGCCCUUGUCAAAAGAGCAUGCGAAUGCACUUCAAACAAUUUUCAGUCGCUACAAUGCCUAUUUGGAAGCAUUUGGGCCUGAUGAGACCUAUUUGCGAAAGAAAGUGGAGACAGAACUGGGAUCAAAGAUGAUAUACUUGAAGAUGAGAUGCGGUGGCUUAAGUUCUGACUGGGGAAAGGUAUCAGUUCUAGGAACCUCUGGGCUUGCUGGGUCAUAUGUCGAGAAAAGAGCUUAACUCCAUAGCUUUGACAAUUUUCAAAAUAGUUGUGGGUUUUCUUGUGUUUGAAAUCGUGUUUCUGAAUAUUUGGAGGAAGAUCGAUGUAUCCUUUCCUCAGAAGCCAUAAUUUUCAGGUUGAUAGCAGUUCAGUUCAAUAAGAGCUUAUCUUUGUCAACGAUAAUGCAAUCUAUAACAGUUGAGUUCAAUAAGAGCCCAUCUUUGUCAA